AUGGAGGGAUUUCGCCGGCGGUUCGAGUCUGCACUCCGUCUACGUCGCGACUAUGAUAUGCCGAAUCAUAUAUCCACAACAAUUCGAGAUUAUAUCGCGAAUGAUCUUAAAGAAACUGUCCCACUUUGCGAGGAUGAAAUGCCCAAAGACUCUGUAUCGCCUAACGAUCUCAUGAUUAUUCUAACACACCUCUGGUGCCGUGAUUUCAAAGAGUACCGCGGGAAAUACCCUGACAGGUCGCGAGUCCAGCUUAGCGCCUCUUUGCUGUUAUACUGUUUUACGUCAGCGAGGACUGGGGAGGUGCAUGAAUCUACAGCUCGUCGAGAACUGUCACGGAAGAAGACGAGCUUGAGUACCAGUCAUGGUGGUGAUGAUGGUGAUCUUGAAGCUCGUGUUCUAGCAGCAUGUUAUAAGCACUUUAUACUUACUAUUGAGUGGGUGGACGGUAUCAAGAUGCUCGUCCUCACAUAUUCCCGUGUCUAUGUGAAAGGCUACUGGAAGAAAAAGAAAUGGCAGCUCCCAAUUCAUGGGUUCUAUGAAAUAUAUAAAACGGAGAUUCCUCUUUUUUUCAAUCUCUUGACGUUCUUUCUCCCUAUGGCAUGCGCAGAUCGCGCCUUCAUGGAUUAUACGUCUGUCGGAGAGAUCAUGGAUGCAGCUGAAAACAUGCAGGGUGACAAUGAUGAGAAAAUAAUUGCUAAACUCGAAUUCAGACCAGAGAUGGAAGACAUUCCCAUCUUUCGGCCAUACGAUGAGCAGGCAGUUGAGGAUUCUACUGGUCGGUCUCGCGGAGCGGAUUCUUUUGGUAAAGAACUUGCAGAACUUGGACAUCGUGCAGGCUAUACAGAAAAUAUUACAGGGCGUGCCUGCCGCCGAUGGGCACUAAUGGAAGCUGAUAAAAGCCACUCUGAAACUGCAAGAAUGAAGUUUGCAGGGCAUGUCAAUAAGGGUACUUUCGGCAGAUCAUAUGCACACCCACUCUCUGAAGUAGAUGGCCCGGCCACCUACCUUGGCAUUCCCGGCCGUCAUGAGCAUAUACAAAACCGGCGCAGCAUGGGAAUCCACAGGCACCCACAACUUUGGCAGUCGCUCCCCGCCAAGGCAGAGUUCGAGUUUCAGGAGCGACCGGAUAUCAUUGAACUUGAUCGACAGAUGCAAUGUCUCACUGACGAGCUGAGCAAGCUUCAAGGUCCUAUUAGCAAGAAGGAAGUGCAGCUAGGGCAACAUCGAAUAUACAACGAAAAGCAGAGGCUUUAUAUACAAGAACUCCGAACCUUACAGCGAGCACAGAGGAGAACGUCGGUUAUACAGCCGACUGCUACAUAUGAACAGACACUUUUUUAUUACACACGAAAGGUGAUGCCAGAGCGCGAUUUACUCGCUCAGCUUCUUCCCAGGAACGACUUCCUGCGAAGCCCCACAGGGAGAGCAGCUCUGGAAGCCCUUGAGGCUAUAUGUGCAGGUCGCAGUGCGAGUACCUACGGUGCAGGAAUGCAAUCUGUGAAUGGGGAGUGUCUUUGUGGACGCUUGCUUACAGCUCAUCAUCCUCACCGCCGUUGGUCCCAUUUGUAUGACUGUCAUGAGAAGUACUUUCGCAAACGGAGCCCUGCGGAUUUUGCACAGUGCUGUGUCACUUGUUGUCGCUGGUUCACAGAGCCUGAAGAGUGGACAUCGCAUUGCGAAUACCACCUGGAAAGGCCCGAUGAAUUGCUCCGCUGUGACCUUAUAAUUUUUCGACAUGCUCUGGCUAAAGCAGCAUACUGCCCAUUUUGCCUGGGAGAUAGCAGCCUUAAGCCCCAUGAGCGCAUGCAACAGUUUCUUGAUCGCAGCAAAUGGAAUAGUCACAUUAACUCUCAUCUUUCCUCUGAGGCACUAUUUAACCGAUAUCAUUGCCGGCACCCAGCCUGUUCCGAGGACCUAGCAAACCUGAUGGAAUUGAAAUGGCAUUUAGAGGAUGUGCACUGUAUCUUGCCCCUGCGAGGAAAGAAAAGGAAAGCUGAUACAGAAUGA